AUGUCUUAUUCAGACCUGACAUCUGCUAGUGAAAACUAUGGGAGUACUGAGUCGCAUAUAUCUAACACAUCAGAUAUCAGUACCAGCUCUAGUACAAGUCAUGCUUCUUCGUCCGCUGCUGCUAAGCUUAAAAGCUACUCUGAUGUUGCCAGCAUGCUUCCAAGUUCUGAUCAAAAGCCUCGAAUCAAUGCACAACACAAUCCCAAACCAUCAAAAGGCGCAACUAAUAAACUACCCCGAAGAAACCCUUCAACAAAGAGGAACAUACCACCAAGACAUGCAAAACAGUUGCAAAAUUCUGGACAUGUUUUAAGUAACCACCGUAAACCUCGCUCUAAGUACGAGUUGGAGGAUUUAGGAAUGUUUUACACAAAAAAAUCUCCGCAGAAAAGUACUAUUGAUCCUAACUCCAAGUAUGGUUUGGACGACUUUUCCAUAGAUCCACCGUUAACAACCAGAGAUGAAAAAAUACUGUCUUCUAACAAAUGUUCAUAUACUGGUGACUCACAACAAUCCCACCAGCAUGGUGCUAAUAUCAACUCUUUUUCAGAUGAGAAAGUUGAUAGUGCUGAAUCUGAUUCAUGUUCUGUUUGCGAAGCCUCAUCAAUAUCUCAAAAUAGCAAUGAAGACCACUCAGAUCAAAUGCAUCGUGUUGAGGAGUCUGGUAACCAUGGAAAUCUGAAUUACAGUUUCCAGAAUACUCAGUACAGGACAUCCUGCAGUGUGGGAACUAGAUUUGAUGUUACAACUGGAAAGUAUGUCAGCAUUGACAGGGAUGAGGAGAGAGAGGCAGAUGUGGAAGUUCAGGAAAUCUUGAAGUCUGGUAAACAAUCACAGCAGAGUAAUCCCGGAAAAGAGAAACAUACAAAUGCUUUCUUUGACCCAAAGAGAAUUUUUCAAAAUGAUGUUGAUGAACCGAGAUGUGAGGACCUGAAGACUAAAAAACGGACACCUGAAAAACCUCCUGUGAAGAAAGAGAAUCAGACAGAAAAAAAACCCACAAAGAAUAAGCCAAAGUCGAACCGUGAUAAAACUUUGUCUCCUCAGAAGUCAUCAAGCACUGUUAAGCAGCAACAUCAGAGAUCGACUGGAAGCAAAGAGAAACGUCCAGAUAGACCCUCUACUGGGAAUCGCAAGAAAUCAAGCGCUGAUAGUAAUGGAGGUUACGGCGACAGUGAUAUGUGGUACAAAGGGAUGAUAUUCAUUGGCCGAUCUGUUAUACGAUUCAUUAUGAUAAUUUUGAUGAUAAGUCUGCUCCUUCUUGCUCUCUUUGUUAGAUUUUCUAAAAUGUGCUGGCAGCAUGGUCGUGAUUAUAGCAGCUUUGCAUGGAUUGUUGUCAAGGUGUAUUUCAAAGACAAAUGGGAACGCUACAAAAAUAAUAACCAAAGUUGGGAUGAUUCAGAUAAAAAUUCAUCAAAGACAAAUGGUACUGGAUCGAGUCACAAUAUAGAAUUACCGGCUACAGGUGAGCAAGCUAUCCAAAGACUGUUAUCAUGUGAAGGGAAGAGUCCUUAUAAUGUACUUGGUGUAUCCAAGAAUGCAUCAGAUGAAGAUAUCAAGAAAUAUUAUAGAAAACAAGCAGUAUUGGUCCAUCCGGAUAAGAAUAAUAUGCCUGGUGCUGAAGAAGCUUUCAAGAUUCUUGGUCGCGCAUUUGAAAUGAUUGGUGAUGCAGCCAAGAGACAAGCAUAUGAUAGUGAAAUGGCUGAUAGCGGGGAAAUGGAUGAUGCAAUGCGUGAUUUGAAUGAUUUUUUCACUAAGCUCCAUGAGAAGAUGAGAGAGGCAGCAAAUACCAUGAAAUGUGAUAACUGUGGUGGCAAACAUAUACGGCGAGAAACUGGUAGACCAUGCUAUAGUGCUAGAUAUUGUAGAAAAUGCGAUAUACAUCACUCUGCUAAAGAUGGUGAUAUAUGGGUAGAAACGGCAAUGUUAGGUUUUAAGUGGUUUUAUUAUGCUUGUAUGAAUAGUGCGGUUUAUGACAUAACUGAAUGGGCAGCUUGUCAGGUGAGUCUUUAUAAAAACUACAAUUCCUUGAAGUCUCACAGCAUUAGACACAACCAGUCAGGUCCUAU